AUGGAAGAAGAAGGAAAACUGGCAGAGAGAUUUGUAAAGGCGUAUAAUAGACGUGUAGAGUUGUACAGACAGAGAUAUGCUCUGGAAGAUUCUAUAAAUGCAAAGCUUGUCGACCAGUGUGCAUUGAAAAAAGCAAUAGAAAUGAAUAAAGAGCUAGACAAAAAGGAUCAGCCAAGACCACCUGACCAGGGAACAAUGUUUGGGACUGGAAUGCACAGAUUGUCUCUUGUUGACAUAGGUAGACUUCCUACAGAGAAUCUGGACAUGUUCCAUACCGAAACAGCAAUCUACCCUGUAGGAUAUAUGUGCAGAAAGAAGUAUAAGAAGCACGACGCUUAUAAAAAGAAGGCAAAAGACAGGAUCCUGUAUAUAUGUAGUGUGGAUCCUCAAAAGGGUCCGAUAAUAACUGCCGAUGACGGAAGGAAAUGGUACGGGCCAAGUAUGUGGAAAGAUUUUGUAGAGAGCAUCGAAGGAGGGACAGAAUACAAAAGUGUUGAAGAAUUUUUUGGGCUAGGAAAUUCUGCGCUUGCCAGAAAAAUUGAAUCUCUUGGAGACUUAUCUGCUUUCAAAAAGUAUAUUCCGUUGAACAAAAGAUCUUAA